AUGGGUUGUGCACAAUCUAGGGUUGAUAACGAAGAAGCGGUGGCGAGAUGCAAAGAACGGCGAAACGUGAUCAAAGAUGCGGUUACGGCUAGUAAAGCUUUCGCCGCCGGUCAUUUCGCUUACGCCAUUGCUUUGAAGAACACUGGUGCUGCUCUUAGUGACUACGGCCAUGGCGAAUCUGAUCAAACCCUAGAUGUUUUGGAUCAAACCCAUUACCAUCAACAGAGUCAUGACCGAGGAAGUGGAACAGUCUUCGCCGCGAACGCCGGAGAAUGUUGGGAAUGGGAGAAAGCAGCGAGCGGAGACGCCGGAGAUUGUGAGUGCUUCGCCGGGGAAUAA